ACUCAGAGAUCUCAAAGAUAUUGGAAAAAUGAGAUCUCUGAAUCAAUUUGAACGAUUUAGUAGAAUGUGAAAUUGGAGGUCACGCAAGUAUAUUGAAAUAGUGCGACUGAGUUAACUUUUAUUGUAAAUAACAACAUAACUCCUUCAUAUUCAUUUAAACGUGAAUCCUGGAUACUCUUAAGAGUGCAUUCAGAAAUUUUACUCAAGGCUGCAACAGUUUCCCAUGACGGAAAACAGAACCGGCCCGCAGACUAUUGAAUUCCUUACGAAGAGGAUCGUCGCCCUGGGUGCCGUACAGACCGGGCAGUUCUUGGUAGAUUGCGAAACCUACAUGUCCGUGCCUCAGCUCGGUGUGCAAAAAACUGUCCACGUACUUCACAAUUCAGAACAGCCAGCUUCGGUCUUCGCCGUCCUCGAGUCCGGAAGUAAAGUGGUACCGCUGAUAGCGGAUGGUCUCUUUGACUUGCUGAUGCUGAAGAUGACCAGCAUCUAUACGAGUAAGAAGCAGACGAAGAUCGAGUCGAAAGGACCACGCUUUGAGAUUGGCGACUUCUGUGUUAAAUUGGGAAGCGUUACCAUGAGUCAGAACUUUAAAGGCGUUCUUGUCGAAGUUGAAUAUAGACCGUGCGUUGUACCAGGAAGUGCUUGGGAUUUGAUGCGAGAAUUCCUUCAAGGAUUUAUUGGCUCUGUUGUACCGAAUCAAGCGCCACAGUAUCUGCAGAAUCGAAUGAAUGACAUUUAUCAGCCAAUGGAUACGAUACAACAGUACUUGGAGCACUUUGGUCAAUAUCGAAAAACCACUGGUGUCAUUUAAAUAAGAUUAAUACGCGAGGUCAUAUAUGAAUAUCAUUAUCGUAACAUUUUAUCAUAACGAUACCAUCAAAUGAGAUAUAAUAGUAUGCAGCUGCUCCAUAGUAAGAUGUUCUCUCUGCCUAUAAUUUGUAUCUUGCAAUUUAAUAAUUUUUAAUUCAUUGACUAAUUGUGAUUGAUGAAAUACUCCUGAAAAUGUCAUUGCAUCAAAUAAAUGGAAUGUCAGAAGCAUGGUAUAUUAAAAAAAAAUGCGAACGUCA